CAACGAUCGAAUUGACAAUCUUAAGUACCUUAUCUAUGGACUAUGCUCCAUGAAUUAAAGAUCUGUGUAACCAGUUGCCAUGGCAACGGCAUUCUUGCGUUAGUUUACAUUCCAUAACAUUGUAAUGUUACCUAUAAAAUAAUGUAAAUUUCUAUCGAUAUGGCUGCAUUGCUACCAGAUUUAGAUAUUAGGACUGUUCUAAAUGUUGUGGAGGAAAAUUAUGAAAAACAAAAAUUGAAAACGUUUGCAAUACGUAUGAUAUACGCCGGAGAACAUUGCCUACCAAAGGAUGAAAUAAUAAAGCACUUUGAACAAACGAUACAUGAUGUGAACUCUACCUAUUGCGAAAUUAAUGUUUAUGGCUUAUUACUGGUUUACGACAGUUACUUUGUACAUAUAGUUGAGGGCUCGGAAGACACAGUUCACAGACAUUUAAGGUUCCUUUUUAAUCGUGAAGUAAAAUGGAUAGAGUAUAUGAAAAAACAGGACGAAGAAGCAGCCAAUACUGACGAUGAAGACAUGGAAGGAAUAAAACUAUUGGAGGAGUCCUCAGAACCAGUUGACAGAAAAAUGUUUAAGCGCUUAAAAAUGUUGACUGUUUAUCAUUCUAUAACGGUGCGUUUAUUUGACGAUUGGCGUGCAAUAACGGCGCGCCCGCCUUCGCUUGUUGGAAAGCUCGACGUGUUCGGUCCUCUAGCGGAACACUUAGAACAAUUGAAAAUUUGUCUCGACAAAAUAAGGAAAUUGUGUGCCCUUGCCCAAGACGAUGAAGAGCUCUCCUUCACGGGUCUCAGCGCAAAUGACCCAAAAAUGGAGGCGUUACCAGAGAUUACGCUGUUGGAUUUCUUACUUGCGUCGAACCAUAUACUGGAUCUUCGUCACGUCGUUCAUUUGCAUCGACGCGUUGAUGAUUACGCCUUCUAUUUCGAAAAAGUGUGGCCGCUACCAACACACUUUACUCCAAAACUCUUGUACAAGUUAAAGGUAGACGAUUCGUUUGUGGAGCCCUUACCAGUAAUGCCAUGGGAACUUGUAAAGAAGGAAGUCGCAGAAGACGAAGAAAGAGAAGAACAACAGAGUGGUAGUUCGUCCAGUGAUUAAUGUUUUAUCUGUAAAUUAUUUCUGUGAUUUAGAAAUAACCGGCAUGAAAUGAAAAUUAGCUUGUGUCAUCCGCAAACUCGGACUCGGAUCAUGUAGUAAAAAAACAAAGUUUAAUAAAUACUAAAGUUAAGGUGGUCUUAGAUGCAUAAUUGUGUCUUCAACACAACCUUUUAAAACUUAGACAAAAUAAUAAAAUUAUUUUUUCAAAGGAGCUUUGGUAAUACAUAGAGUGGAGGCAUAAGAGGCAUCACUAAAAAGUUGCUAACCUAUACUUGACAAUCUUUAGUGUUUAGUUGAAGAUAUGUACCUGGAGUGGAGUAAUUAUUAAGAUUUUGAUAAUAAUUAUAAUCUUGCACCAGGGCGUCUUUCUGAGCGUUGAGUAUACACUACAUCAUAAAUAUAGGUACCAAUUGCCGGUAUAAAACGUAGUAAAAAUCGCGAAUUUCCCUAUUUGCGUUUUGCCAAAAUUACAAAAACGCAAUUCAGAUUAGCGUGGACUAUCGAUUAAAUUAUUUCAUAUUCAUGACAGAGCCUAAACGUUUUAUAAACUGUAUAAACAAAGAUUUAUGCUCGAAUUAAGUACAAAAAAAACCUUCGCAUGCAUCUUCGCAUCUAGCUUUUCCAGUCCCAAAUAUACCUAAUAUCUGAUUCAUUAAGGAAAUUAUAUAUUUAGACAACUUUGACGCCACCGACCAGAACUCUGCCAAUUUUUACUGUCUAGUUCCAAUGUUUCUUCAUAGAAACGCAGAACUUGUCUGCCUUAUUAUAUAAAUAAAGUUUUCUUAAGCUUGUUAACUCGCAAGUCACAAUUUGAAUGUGCUUAGUUUGUUAAUAUUUUCAUGAGUAAUUGCACAAAAUGAUCAUGUCUAUCUGCUUUUUUUAAUAAAACUUUUUUCUUAAGUUA